AUGUCUGAGAAUUCAAACCAGGAUAUCUUCACACUCGUCUCGCAAGAGCUCUCACAGACUCCCUAUGAGUGCUCUUCUCUCACCCGGCUCAGCGGAGGAACCGCCAACUUCGUCUAUCGAGGUAUCCUCGCUAGGCCUCUCCAGGAUGGGACGAAAACGAUAAUCAUCAAACAUGGAGAGGACUAUGUCGCUUCAAAUCGGGAGUUCAAGCUAACUACAGACCGCUGCCUGUUCGAGGAGACAAUCCUAAAAGCCUUGAAUGGCUUCCCCGCUACAACCGAGACAGACACCGACAACAAUACCAGCUGCACAGUCAAGACCCCUCGUCUGUUUCAAUUUAACCAUGACACCAACACUCAGAUCCUCGAAGACCUGCCCGGAGCGCUGGACCUAAAGUCUCUCAUGCUCCUUCCCACAAACUCGCAAAAUGUGUCUCGCGAACUGGCAGCGUCUAUCGGCCGUGCGUUGGGAAAAUGGCUACUCUCUUUCCACACUUGGGUCUCGGAAGAGUCUCAGAAAGAUCUGGUCAAGACGAUGGAGAAGAAUGAGAUCAUGAGGGAUAUCAAGUUCAUGGUCAACUAUGACAAUCUCGUCAAGAUGGUUGAUCAGUUCCCAGCAUUGCUGAAAGAAAGCCAGCAUAUCCUCGGCGAAGUCAGGGACAUGGCAGCGGCGGAGCUGGGCCGGAAAGAUGGGAAUGGGUUUGGAGUGAUCCACGGGACUUUUGAGUUCGAUGGGAUUAAUGAGUCCAGUGUUUUAAUACCGAACACCGCAUUGGAUCAGCAGAACGAUAUUCCUCUCUUCGUGACAGACUGGGAAUUAUGUCAGUGGGGUUCCCGAGCUCUCGAUCUGGGCCAGAUGGUGGCCGAGCUCUACCAGCUCAAGCAUUUCAAGAACGUCGACGCAGGAGUCUGGCUCAUUGAAGGACUGCUUGACGGCUACGGCCCGAUCGAUGAAGAUAUGGCUUUCCGGAUCGCGAUCCACAUCGGCGUUCACUUCAUUUGCUGGGGCAGUACGAUUCCCGGUUGGGGAACCAAUGAUCAAGUUGAAGGGGUGGUCAAGCUUGGAAGAGAUCUUGUGGUCAAAGGUUGGCAGAAGGAUCGGAACUGGUUUGGGACAGGUUGGUUGAAGUGCUUGUUCACUGUGGCUUAGAGCUGGAGCAAUCAGAAAGAGAAACAGAUGAGCAUGAUCAACUCGAGCCAGAGGCGUCAACACUGAAAUGGUCCAGAACAUGGGAUCGCUGUAAGCCAAUCGGCAACUGCAAGCAACCUACUCUUAAGAGCAACCGCAGAUAUUCGACUCGUACAUGAGCAGAGUAGUCAACAGACAAGAUGGACAGCGAUUGGCUAGCAUGAUAAAUUGGCGCCUAUAUUUGUAUUGGUCUAUGGAGUGAUGUUGAUGUUUGGUCGUGGUUCUUCAGCAUGCAGCAUCUCAAAAGUAUGGGUGAUUCAUCUGGAUUUGCAUUUGUACAAGUUGCGGAUCACAAGUAACGAGCAAGCGU